CAGGACGCACGCUCGACACUUGUCAACUCAGAGGAUGUGCGAUGCAUCGGCGGAGCAGCGAGUGAGUGUUACCGGAUCAGUGUACGAGGGGCCUCCGGAGUCUCCCAGGGUCACCUUGUUCACCAAGGCUGACUGCACUCUCUGCGAUAAGGUGAAGGUUGUGCUGAAGGACUGCAAGGAGAGUCAUCCCCACAGUCUGUCGCAGAUUGACAUCACGGAUCCGGAGCAUGAAGACUGGUGGAAGCGUUACAAGUACGACAUCCCUGUACUUCACCUCAACGGACUCUACUGGACGAAGCACAAGUUGGACAUGGCGGCAGCGGGGGAGGCGUUGGAAGCAGCAAGAAACGGAUCUUUCAAGCAGCAACGAGGCGAGCCUGACGCUUCUCGUUUGGAACAUUAAAAAUGUGACAAGGC